AUGCUCGGUCUCGAAAAACCCGGUUCAUCGGACAUCUCAUCCUCGUCCACGGAUACGUCCGCAAUCUCUCCGAUCAGUGUGAGCAGCAUGCCAUUAUCUCCUGACAAAGAAAAGAAGAAGGUCAGCUUUGUGCGCUACAACCCUGAUAUACCGCAAAUUGUGACUUCAUUCAAAGGGUACCAAAAACUUAUGUAUCAAGGCUAUCGCUACAAUAUUUAUCAGGUUGUUCCGGAAAGAAACUUCAAGUCAUGGCGGUGUGUCUGCGCUAAGAAAAUGUCAGAUGCCGGCCAAUGGUGUAAGUGUCGUGCUGAAACUACGAUGGAUGACAAAAACGCGUGCACAAAGGGCAUCCACAAUCAUCCGCCAAAACACCAUGUCGCUGAGAUCGAAUUCAUCAAGUCGCAACUCUUCAUGGCGGCUUUGGAAAAUCCGGAUCACGACGCCGGAGAUCUCGUCAACCAAGCCUGCCAAUACUUCAGUGACGGAAAUUGCUUCGACAACAAGGAAAGCGUUCGCAAAAGCAUUGUUCUUGCUAGAUCACGUGUAGGAAAACCGAGAAAGCCAAGAAGUCGGCCUACUAAUCCAUUGAAGAGAAUGAAGUUUGAUGCAGAUACCGAAGAUGAAGAUGAAUACAAAUUCCCGAAAAUGAAAAUGGAGAACGAUAUUUCAUGCUUCUUGCCACUAUUCAACAAUGGACUGCCAAUUACAAAGAUUGAUUCACCAUUCCAACAAACUACCCCACCUUCUGUCAUUACAACCCCAAAUCCACCUCAGCCAGAACAGACCAAUCUGCUUCAAACCAAUCUUCUCAAUGGAAUCUCGAACCCAUGGAUGGGACUUGAAGACCCAAUGACAAUGCUCUGGGCGAAUAUGCUAAACCCUGUUGGAGGAAUUGAUGUACUCUCUACGAUUGCUGCUUUAUCUAGACAGAAUCAAGCAAUAAACACUCAACCGCCACCAAUUCCUCAAGCCCCAAUGAACUUCCAAACUAGUACCAUUGUAAACCCGAUUCCAAAAGAAGGUUCAAUCGCGGCAUCGAUGAGCUCAAUGAAUGAGGGAACACCACUUCCACCACUAUCAAGCAUUCAAACGAGUCCUGUCAUUCAAAGCACUGGCGUUUUACGACUAAACCGUCCAAUGAUGAGAGAUAGCAGCUCGCAGACAUCAGAGGAAAUCAAAGUUUCCCAAUGUUUGACCUCAGGAUGCGGCUGCCGAGUGAUUCGAGUGUGCUGUUGCGAAGAAGGCGUUUGUCGUCAUCGGCAAGCUGCUGCUUUCUAA